CCAUAAAUUCGAAUAAAAUCUCCCUUUUUAAUAUCUUUGAGACCUUGCAUAUGUCCCCUACGUAUAGCUCUAUAAUUCUUUCUUCUUUCUUUGGGACCCAAGUUGAUUAAAAAGUGAAGAGUAAAGGGAAAAAGGGAGGCCCCCGAUUAUCUUCAAUUUCGUUUUCAGGAUUCAUCAUCUGAACACCCGCAUGUUCUCUUAAAGAACGUUUUCAUUUCAAUACAAAACUUGCGUUUAAUGCCCUUCGAUGCUUCUAUCAGUACAAGUACUUGGAAAACCUAACACUGAACUAACACCCCUGACCACAUAUAGUUUUUUCUCUGUUUCUUAAAGCUGAUAAACCAUCUUUCAUCAGAACUAUGCUCUCUCAUUAUCAUGUCUUCCCUUGCUAUCUUCUUUCUCUGUCUUUCAGUGCAUGCUUGCAAUGCUCGUCGUCUAGGUUUUAUUGCUGAAGAAAUUUCCAAUCAUGUCGAUUUUCUUGCCAAGGAUGUCAAUAAGCUGAAACCUUAUGAUCAGUUAGAGAUGAGACCUUCAGUCUCAAAGGAACUACAAACACAAGAGUUACAACAAGUUGGGGUUCAUAGAAGAAAAAUAGUUGGUGCAAAUAAUGUGAAGCAAACACUUUUGAACUCUUUUCUUAAGGCAAAAGAAGCUGUUGCAAAAGCAAUUUCAGGAUAUGAAAUUAUCAUUUCUUCUCGGGUUGAUUUGCAAACCAAGGAAAAAGUAGAGGGGUUAAAGAGAGUAACAAGAUCCAUGUUGGGAACUUCAGGUGGUGACACAGAGGAAGCUGUUGAUUCCAAAGAAAAGGAUAACGUGGGGUACAUUGACGUAAUGGAUUAUGCACGACACCAUCGGAAACCACCUAUUCACAAUGAAAAAAACUAGACUGCUAAUUAAUCUUGUCCAUAAUGUUAUUGUUACCUUCUAGUUUCAUUUAAAAGAGAAAACAAAAAUAUUACAUAUGGUUUCAAGGGCACUUUGUAUGUCAAAAAAAAAAAAAAAAAGAAGUUAAAAUCCAAACCUCACUCUACAACUAUGCUGAAGAUAAAUUUGGGUAGUAACAGUUUCAGCUUCCUUUGAAAUAACCCAAGUUGUUCAACUACGUUACUGUGAAGACGGCUUGUAAGAACGUGGUGAAUUGAUGGGACAAUGUCUUGUUAUAAUGGCGGUAUCGAUGUCUAUAUAAUAAUAGUUAUUAAUGAGAUUGUGAAUAAUGAGGAGACAAAUAUUGCCACUUGACAAAAUUUUUUUCAUUAAUGAAAAGACGCCCAUUCAAUUGAAGAAAUCAACUGCCAUACUCCUGCAUGGAAAAUCAAAUCCGAAGUUUACGCAUACAGGCUUAGACAAUAUUUGCUGCUCCCCAAUAAAUAUACCCCAGAUUCAGAGAUUUCUAUGCCUGAAAUAUGAUAGGCUUACAUGUUUGGUAGUGUAAGCCGUCAAGCUUGAGUGGAAAGCUGGCACACUGAAACAGGAGGAUGUCAAAAGCCAUAAAGUGGCCUAACCACUUCCGCAUGGCAAUUGCAAACCCUGCAUAUGCUUGUUCUGUCCCUUCCUCGUAUAGAAUUCAAUAGCCAAGAUUUAUGCAAAACGUG